AAGCCAAUCUGUUUCUGGUAUUUUGCAUAAUGGCAACUUUAGCAAACCAGAACAGGUCUGAAGGGUAAGGAAGUGCGAGGGGAGAGAAACAAGAGGACUUGAUUCAGCUCCUGUUGGACUCCUGCACGACAUGGGGAGAAGCCCCAGUCAGGUCUCCAUGUCAGUAUCGUCCUCUUCUCUGAGUCCCCUUAGAUCUACAUGGUGCAGAGACAAGUUCCUACCACCUCCAAAGAGGGAGCCAGAGAGCCCAGAGUAGACCGAGAUUAUGUCCUGGGGGAGCCAGGUCAGAAUCCCUCAGAUCCCUAGAUCCCAGCGAGAAGAAAAGUGAAAGCACAUGGCCAAGCUUCCUGGUCAAUAGCCGUGACUGACUAGUCCAGACAGUUCAAGAGAAGUGUCUCCUGGCUGGCUCGCAAAGGAUGUUCCCGGCAUUGAGUUUCUAGGUUCUUGGCCAUGCCACAAGAAAUAAUUCAAAGGUACAGCGCAGCUUGAGUAAGUGGGCAGAAAGUUAUGAAGUACACAUGCGAAGAGGAGCACGCGGGCACUUGCAAGAAAAGAGAGAUGACCCCUCUGGUAAGCCACCUUGCCGAGGCUGCUCCUCCUACCUCAUGGAGCCUUAUAUCAAGUGUGCUGAAUGUGGACCACCUCCUUUCUUUCUCUGCUUGCAGUGUUUCACUCGAGGAUUUGAGUACAAGAAACAUCAAAGUGAUCAUACUUAUGAAAUAAUGACCUCAGAUUUUCCUGUUCUUGAUCCAAGCUGGACUGCUCAAGAAGAAAUGGCCCUUUUAGAAGCUGUGAUGGACUGUGGCUUUGGAAAUUGGCAGGAUGUAGCCAAUCAGAUGUGUACCAAGACCAAGGAGGAGUGUGAGAAGCACUAUAUGAAACAUUUCAUCAACAACCCUCUGUUUGCAUCUACCUUGCUGAACCUGAAGCAAGCAGAGGAAGCAAAAACUGCUGACACAGCAAUUCCGUUUCACUCUACGGAUGACCCUCCCCGGCCUAACUUUGACUCCCUGCUUUCUCGGGACAUGGCAGGAUACAUGCCAGCUCGAGCAGACUUCAUUGAGGAGUUUGACAAUUAUGCAGAAUGGGACUUGAGAGACAUCGAUUUUGUUGAAGAUGACUCGGACAUUUUACAUGCUCUGAAGAUGGCUGUGGUAGAUAUCUAUCAUUCCAGGUUAAAAGAGAGACAAAGGCGAAAAAAAAUUAUAAGAGACCAUGGAUUAAUCAACCUUAGAAAGUUUCAGUUAAUGGAACGGCGGUAUCCCAAGGAGGUCCAAGACCUUUAUGAAACAAUGAGGCGAUUUGCAAGGAUUGUGGGGCCGGUGGAGCAUGACAAGUUCAUUGAAAGCCAUGCAUUGGAAUUUGAACUCCGAAGGGAAAUCAAGAGGCUCCAGGAAUAUAGGACAGCAGGCAUUACCAGUUUUUGUAGUGCCAGAACCUAUGAUCACCUCAAGAAGACAAGAGAGGAGGAACGCCUUAAACGCACCAUGCUCUCCGAAGUUCUCCAGUAUAUCCAGGACAGUAGUGCUUGCCAGCAGUGGCUCCGCCGACAAGCCGACAUUGACUCUGGCCUCAGUCCUUCCAUUCCAAUGGCUUCAAAUUCAGGUAGACGGAGUGCACCACCCUUGAACCUCACUGGCCUCCCUGGCACAGAGAAGCUGAAUGAAAAAGAAAAAGAGCUCUGUCAGAUGGUGAGGUUGGUCCCUGGAGCCUAUUUAGAAUACAAAUCUGCUCUAUUGAAUGAAUGUAACAAGCAAGGAGGCUUGAGACUGGCACAGGCAAGAGCACUGAUCAAGAUAGACGUGAACAAAACCCGGAAAAUCUAUGAUUUCCUCAUCCGAGAAGGAUACAUCACUAAAGCCUGAGGCUCUAAGGACUUGGGAUCAGAAAUCAGAAGUUUGGAAUGUGGUGGGUUAAAGGACAGUAUGGGCAUUCUGGAGAGUUUUGUUUUUGAGCUGAACUCUUAUUGUUAAAAAGCCUCUUAAGUUGUAUUGUCUACUUCUUCACCCUGCUUUAAAACACUCCUGUUGUUGGUAUUGUGUGCUAGAUAAGCUAUGAUUAAACAUGAGUGGGCAUUCAUUCCUAACACCUCUUGUAACUAAAACAAGAACCAUAGUACCUCACAUUAGUGUUGGUAGAAAGGCGUUCAGCUCAAAUCCUUGUACUUGGGAAGUAGGUUUUCCAGUUCUCUGUUUUGCCUUCAAGCAUUGCAGAAAGGUUAUGAAGUUAUUAAAAUAAAGAGAAAUGGGAAAGCUUUCUCUUUCCUUCUGUGAAUUUUUUAAGCUGACAACUAGAAACUUGUAUUUAUGAGCAAAGGUGGUCUUGUUCCAAAUUGCAUCUUUACCUUUAAUGUCUGACUUGGUACUUUACAGUCUGGCUGUCUGAUCUGCAUGAGACUUCUGAGGAGGUGGCACUGGAUAUAAAAUGUCUUGUUAUUUUUAGAAUUAAUGGAUUAAAGUGUUUUGUUAUUUUUAA